CUCCCGCAGCAUCGUGCGCAUUUCCGUGACCGUGGUCUUUGAGCCGCGCUCCAUCAACGUGAUCCAGAGGAACUGCCAGCGCAACGGCCGUGACUCCGCCUGCAUCACCGCCACGGUCUGCUUCAGCGUGGCCUCGCGCUCGCCGUCCAAUCAGAGAGUCCCGUUCGAUCUUCAGGUCUCCUCCUCUCUGGAUGAUCGGAAGUUUGUGUCCCGGGCUCUCUUUGACGAGACGUCUCACAAGCAGAUCCAGAGAGUGCUCCGGGUUCGAGUGGACGAGGUCGCUUGCCGCACGCUGCCCUUCCACGUCAUCGACACGCUGGAUUACAUUCGCCCGAUUGGAUUUGCUCUGCGCUUCAAGAUGAACAGCACGGAGGCGGGGCCUGUGCUGGACGAGGGCAGCCUCACCUUCAUCAAGAAGUUUAUCCCGUUCUUCAAAGACUGCGGCGAGGAUGAUGUGUGCGUGACUGAUCUGGUUCUGCACGCCCACAUGGGCAUCUCAGGAACAAGGCAGGAUCCCUUUAUCAUCAGGAGCCCCAAUAGGAGACUGUCUGUGGAGCUGGUGCUGGAGAAUUGCAGGGAGAACUCCUACAACACCAGCCUCGACAUCCUGUUCUCCAGAAACCUGCAUUUCUCCAGCCUGUCUGUGAAGGACGAGCCCCUGUUUAAAAUCGAAUGCACGGCUCUGGCGCCCAGCAGCAGGUCCUGCAAUGUCAGCUAUCCUGUCUUCAGAGCAAAAGCCAAGGUGAAGUUCAGCCUGGAGUUUGACUUCAGCUGCUCGUCUCUGCUGAACCUCGUGCAGGUGAAGCUGUCCGCCGGAAGCGACAGCGUGGAGCAGGAAGACACUCUGCAGGACAACUCGGCUGAGCUGCUGGCGAUCGUGAGAUACGAGCCAGACCUCUUCAUUACCAGUGAAGCCAGCCUCAAUCGCUACGAGGUUCAUCCCAGCAGGACCCCAUCCGAAGGGAUCGGACCAGAAUUCCACACCUCUUACAAGAUUCACAAUCUGGGCUGCUACACCGUCAGUAACCUGGAGUUUCAAAUCCACCUGCCGUCCGUGGCUUUUGGAGACAGCCAUUUUAUAAGUGUGACGGACGUAUCCACGCAAAAUGCGACGGGUGUGAACUGCAGUCUGGAGAGCGAUCUGGAGCUCAUGAAACAGAGGCAGGGAGACGCUGUGCGGCCGGUUCGUCCAGAAGACAUGCUGUUCACUCAGACCCUGAACUGCAGUAACUCGUGGUGCGCUGUGGUUCUGUGUCGGCUGGAGCAGCUGCAGCGGAACCAGGCAGUGCAGAUCCGGGUCGGCAGGAGAGUCCACGAUGACUUCUACCGCGAGGCCCAGUUCCGGUCGGUGAGGAUCGUGAGCGCGCACGUUCUCCGAGCGAACGACUCCAGCGUGAUUGUCCUGGGACAGAGCGGGCACUGGAGAGAGAGCCCCCUGGAGGUGAUGAAGGGCCGGCGCAUCCCCGUCUCUCUCUGGAUUCUCAUUGGCAGCAUCAUCGGAGGCCUGUUGCUCCUCGCCCUCAUCAUCUUCAUCCUGUGGAAGCUGGGCUUCUUCGCCAGGAAAUCGAGAGAGGAGGAGGAGAAGGAGGAGAGGGAUAAGGAGGAGUAAGAGAGGAGAGUCGAGAGGGCAGACGAGAGAGAGAGAGAGAGAGAGAGAGAGGGGGGUGCUGAACUGUAGAACUCAACCAAGCUCCAGUCACUCAAUCAAAACUUAUUAAACUGUCUGUGCGCUUGACAUGACCUUUCGGAUCGGUUUUGCACGUGUCCCUUGCGGACAAUUCCAAAUAAAUCAAUGAAAAGAUUCAAAAACAUUUGUAAAGAAAGCGUACAGGGUACCCCUCCCCUUUAAGAACUGGAGGUCAGGGCAAGACUUUUUAACUGAUCCUCCAUUUCUGGGAGCACAGUGAUACAGCGAUGAAGAUGUUCUAGGAUCUCCAACUUGGUUAUUGUCAAUUGUGUGUGUUUUUAAAACACAUUAUUUUGGAUUUG